UUAAUAAUUUCCAAACAAAAUGGGCUGCGCCGUAAGUACAGCGCGAGAUAAGGAAGCUAUUGAGCGUUCCAAAAGCAUUGAUCGUGCAUUGCGUGAGGAAGGAGAGCGUGCCGCAUCGGAGGUGAAAUUAUUGCUGUUGGGUGCUGGUGAAUCUGGCAAAUCGACAAUUGUCAAACAAAUGAAAAUCAUUCACGAAUCCGGCUACUCCCAACAGGAAUGUGAAGAAUAUCGCCGUGUCGUCUACAGCAAUACCAUACAAUCGUUGAUGGCCAUCAUACGUGCUAUGGGACAUUUGAAAAUUGAUUUUGCGGAUCCAUCAAAAACGGAAGUGGCCCGUCAAUUCUUUACAUAUGCCUCAGCGGCCGAGGAGGGCAUUCUGCUACCCGAACUAGUAUUACUAAUGAAGAAAUUAUGGGCCGAUGCCGGCGUCCAACAGUCAUUUUCACGUUCACGAGAAUAUCAAUUGAAUGAUUCCGCAGCCUAUUAUCUCAAUUCAUUGGAUCGUAUAUCGGCGCCAAAUUAUGUACCCACACAGCAGGAUGUGUUGCGCACGCGUGUUAAAACCACCGGCAUUGUGGAGACACAUUUCAAGUGUAAAGGUUUAUAUUUCAAAAUGUUUGAUGUUGGCGGCCAACGUUCGGAACGUAAAAAAUGGAUUCAUUGUUUUGAAUGUGUGACAGCAAUUAUCUUCUGUGUAGCAUUAUCGGGCUACGAUUUAGUAUUAGCUGAAGAUGAAGAAAUGAAUCGCAUGAUUGAAUCGCUGAAACUUUUCGAUUCGAUUUGUAAUUCGAAAUGGUUUGUGGAAACCUCAAUAAUAUUGUUCUUAAACAAAAAGGAUUUGUUUGAAGAAAAAAUCAAAAGAUCUCCAUUGACAAUAUGUUUUCCUGAAUAUACAGGACCCAAUACAUUUGAAGAUGCUGCCUGUUAUAUUCGAAUGAAAUUCGAAAGUCUAAACAAACGUAAAGAUCAAAAGGAAAUCUAUACACAUUUUACCUGUGCCACAGAUACAAAUAAUGUACAAUUUGUAUUCGAUGCCGUCACUGAUGUCAUAAUUAAAAACAAUCUCAAAGAUUGUGGUUUAUUUUAGAUACGUUUAUUUUAUUUCUCUUUAAAUAUUAUUA